AAGAGUUACGUCACGAUGGUGUCACGCGUAGAGGGCGUGGCCGGCCUGUGAAAUGUCAGGGAGGAAUGGCGCUCGGCGCGGUAUUUUGAACAAUCGCUUUUACCUUUCCUCGCUUUAACUGGAAACGCUACCCAGCGUUGAAAUCCCGGGACUAACAGAACGGAGACGCUGCAGACAUGGACGUGGUGUCGCCCGAGCUGAACAGCCUCCUUCCUGAUGAAAUCAUGGACACGGAGGCCAUUGAAGAGGCUCCUCAGUCCGAGAGCGCCGCAGUCCAGGCGGAGCCCUGCUACGACUCCACCGUUCCCAUGGAAACGGACGUUCCCCCAAAUCCCAGCGCCUCUGAAGAUGUAACUUCGACGGGGAACUCCCAAACCCUGCUCACACCCGCGGACUCCACGCUCAGCCCCAGCAGACAUUCCUCCAUCCUCAUUUCCAGCGGCCCGUCGCGCCUGGUUACCCUCAAACCGGGCUUGGCCACCUCGACGGCCCCCACCAAAACCACGGACAGCGUGACGGGGACGAGCAUGUCCACGGGGGGCUUGCAGAAACUCACCGCCCCCUUCACCAUUUCCUCGGCCAAUCAUCAAAUCAUCCUCAACAAGGUCGCCUCGUCGCAAGCCGCCGAAGCCGCCAAGUCUGUGGCGCCCCCGCCGCAGGUCAUCAAGCAGGAAGGGCAGAAGCUGCUGGUCACGACCAUCGGCAAGUCGGGGCAGCCGAUCGUGCUGCAGCUGCCGCACGCCGGCAGCAAACCCACCGUGGUCCAGACCUCAGGAGACGGCAAGGCUCAGACUCCACAGUUUAAGGUGGUCACUAUAGGCGGGGCGUCGGAACUGAAGCCGGUGGUCGGGAGUGGAGGGAACCAGGUGACGGCGGUGCAGACCCAGCAGCUCAAGACCAUACAGAUUCCCAAGAAAACUCCGGUCUCCUCCACGGCUCCCAUCAAGUUCAUCAUCACCAAAACGGUCAACAGCAAAAACCUGAGUCCUCAGACGUCUGUCACACCUGUGAUUGCAGCAGGCCGGGUGGUGACGCAGACGUCCCCGGUGAUGCCCCCCAGGACCAUCACGCUGUCCGAGCCUCACAACACCAACCUGCAGAACAUCUCCAGCAAGAAGAUCGCCAUUUCUCCACUCAAGACUCCCAGCAAGGUUACCGUGGUUUCCGUAGCCUCUCCACCCUCCAACUCCUCGCAGAAAUCCGUGGCGCUGCCGGUCAACGUGGCGCUCGGCCAGCAGAUCCUCGCCGUCCAGCAGUCCUCCGUUUCUCCGGUCAAAGCGGCCACCAGCCAGCCUGCAGCACCGAGCGUCAAACCUGUCCAGUCCGUGGCAGUGGGAGGAGUCGGAGGCUCCCAGUUCAAGACCAUCAUCCCUCUGGCCACCCAGCAGAACGUGCAGCAGAUCCAGGUUCCAGGAAGCAGGUUCCACUACGUCCGGCUCGUCACGGCGACCACAUCCAGCAGCCCGGGCCAGCCCAGCACCAGCUCCGUGCAGACAGGGAAACCCAUGGUGGGCGGCACGGGAGCGGUCAGGAUGUCGGUCCCUGUUGUUCAGGCUCCGACCAUGAAACAGGUGGUGCCCAAACCUCUGACAUCAGCAGCACAGGUGGUGGCGGCCCCUCAGACGCAGCAGCGCCUCAUCAUGCCCGCCAUCCAGCCCAACCUCACCAACCUGCCGCUGGGCACCGUCCUGGCUCCAGCGCCCGGGGGCGGGAACAUGGGCUACGCCGUCCUCCCCGCUCAGUAUGUCACGCAGCUCCAGCAGUCCCCGUUUGUGACUCUCGCCAGCAGCUCUGGUUUCCAGGCGUCCAGCGGGAUGCAGACUCAGGCCAAACUGCCCCUUAAUGGUGUUUCAGCGGCAGAAACCACAACCAGACCGAGGAAACCCUGCAACUGCACAAAGUCACAGUGUCUCAAACUAUACUGCGACUGCUUCGCAAACGGAGAGUUCUGCAACAUGUGCAACUGCAACAACUGCUUCAACAACCUGGAGCACGAGACGGAGCGUCUCAAAGCCAUCAAGACGUGUCUGGACCGAAAUCCAGAGGCCUUCAAACCCAAAAUCGGUAAAGGGAAGGAGGGCGAGUCCGACCGCCGCCACAGCAAAGGCUGCAACUGCAAGCGGUCCGGCUGCCUGAAGAACUACUGCGAGUGCUACGAAGCGAAGAUCAUGUGCUCGUCCAUAUGCAAAUGCAUCGGCUGUAAAAACUUCGAGGAGAGCCCGGAGAGGAAGACGCUGAUGCACCUGGCGGACGCAGCAGAAGUACGGGUUCAGCAGCAGACGGCGGCGAAGACCAAACUGUCCUCGCAGAUCUCAGACCUGCUCAUGAGGACCACGCCGGUGAUUUCCACCGGCAGUGGGAGGCUUCCGUACACGUUCCUAACGAAGGAGGUGGUGGAGGCGACGUGCGAGUGUCUGCUGGAGAAGGCCAGGAAAGCCGAGCAGACGCACCAGCUGACGAGCGAGGCGGAGCGGGUCAUCCUGGAGGAGUUCGGACACUGCCUUAUGAACAUCAUCACCUCAGCGGGGAAGGCGAAAGCGGACAGUGCCUCCAUCAAUUGCUAG